GGAGAGCAGGGGCGGCUUCCGGGAUUUGGCGGGGGCCUUUGUCAGCUCCAGUCAGAGCUCGGGUCUCCUUGGUACCACUGCGAGUCUUUGGUUCUGGGAGGCCCAGGCGGAUUCGCGUUCUGAGAAUAAACGAGAGAUUUUGUUGCUCUGGGACGUGGAGGCACUGGGAGAUCCGUGGCUAAGACGCCAGGGCAUCCCGGAAGCUGGGAAAUGGGCCCUGUGUAGCCACCCUCCGUCCAGUCUUUUCCAGUUCCUGAGAUUCAGAACUGUCUGGGAUGACUCAAGAUGCCCACAGUGGUCAUGUGUCUUGGAGUGUUUAGUGACUGUCAGCCCCGUGUCAUCUCUUAGAGGACCGCCCAAGGGACUGGUGACAUUCAGGGAUGUGGCCAUAGAAUUCUCUUUGGAGGAGUGGAAACACCUGGAACCAGCUCAGAAGAAUUUGUACUGGGAUGUGAUGUUAGAGAACUACAGAAACCUGGUCUCUCUGGGUCUUACUAUCUCUAAGCCGGACCUGAUUACCUUUUUGGAGCAAAGGAAAGAGCCCUGGAAUGUGAAGAGUGCAGAGACAGUAGCCACCCAGCCAGAUAUAUUUUUGCAUCAUAACAAGGACCUGUUGACAGAGCACUGCACAGAGGCAUCAUUCCAAAAAGUGAUACUGAGGAGACAUGAGAGCUGUGAUCUUGAGAAUUUACAUAUAAGGAAAAGGUGGAAAAGGGAGGAGUGUAAAGGGCAUAGUGGGUGUUAUGAUGAGAAAACUUUUAAAUAUGAUCAAUUUGAUGAGUCCUCUAUUGAAAGUUUGUUUCACCAACAAAUACUUUCUUCUUGUGCCAAAAGCAAUAACUUUGAUCAAUAUAAGAUCUUUACUCAUUCAUCAUUGCUUAAUCAACAACAGGAAAUUGAUAUUUGGGGAAAACAUCACAUAUAUGAUAAACCUUCAGUGUUCUUUAGGCCGGUCUCUACUCUAAAUGGUUACCAAGAUAUUUUUAUUGGAGAGAAAAAUUAUCAGUGCAAUAAUUCUGAUAAAAUCUUGAACCAAAGAUCAAGCCCUAAAAAUCAUCAGGAAAAUUAUUUUCUAGAGAAACAAUACAAAUGUCAAGAAUUUGAGAAAGUCUUUCUUCAGAGUAUGCAUAUGCAAGAGAAGCAAGAAGAGUCUUACAAAUGUGAUAAAUGUGAAGUUUGUACCCAGUCAUUAAAACAUACUCAACAUCAGACCAUCCCUAUCAGAGAAGACUCACACAGAUGUAAUAAAUAUGAUAAAGACAAUCAUCAAAGUCAAUCAUCAAAUCUUAGAAAGCAGGUACUCCAUAACAAAGAGAAACCAUACAAAUGUGAAAAAUGUGGUGAUAGCUUUAACCAUAGUUUGUACCUUACUCAAAAUCAGAUCAUUCCUACCGAAGAGGAAGCUUAUAAAUGGAAAGAAUGUGGCAAAGUUUUUAACCUUAACUGUAGUUUAUACCUUACCAAACAUCAGCGAAUUCAUACUGGAGAAAACCUCUACAAAUGUAAAGCAUGUAGCAAAUCUUUUACUCGUUCCUCCAAUCUUAUUGUGCAUCAGAGAAUUCAUACAGGAGAGAAACCCUACAAAUGUAAAGAAUGUGGCAAAGCCUUUCGCUGUAGUUCAUACCUUACUAAACAUAAGCGAAUUCAUACUGGAGAGAAACCUUAUAAAUGUAAGGAAUGUGGCAAAGCUUUUAACCGUAGUUCAUGCCUUACUCAACAUCAGACAACUCAUACAGGAGAAAAACUUUACAAAUGUAAAGUAUGUAGCAAAUCUUAUGCUCGUUCUUCAAAUCUUAUUAUGCACCAGAGAGUUCAUACUGGAGAGAAGCCUUUUAAGUGUAAAGAAUGUGGCAAAGUCUUUAGCCGUAGUUCGUGCCUUACCCAACAUCGGAAAAUUCAUACUGGAGAAAAUCUUUACAAAUGUAAAGUAUGUGCCAAACCUUUUACUUGUUUCUCAAAUCUUAUUGUGCAUGAGAGAAUUCACACUGGAGAGAAACCCUAUAAAUGUAAAGAAUGUGGCAAAGCCUUUCCUUAUAGUUCACACCUUAUUCGGCAUCAUAGAACUCAUACUGGAGAAAAGCCGUACAAAUGUAAAGCAUGUAGCAAAUCUUUUAGUGACUCCUCAGGUCUUACUGUGCAUCGGAGAACUCAUACUGGAGAGAAACCCUAUACCUGUAAAGAAUGUGGCAAAGCCUUUAGUUAUAGUUCAGAUGUUGUUCAGCAUCAGAGAAUUCAUACUGGCCAGAGACCCUACAAAUGUGAAGAAUGUGGCAAAGCCUUUAACUAUAGGUCAUACCUCACUACACAUCGGAGAAGUCAUACUGGAGAGAGACCCUACAAAUGUGAGGUAUGUGGCAAAGCCUUUAACUCUAGGUCAUACCUCACUACCCAUCGGAGAAGUCAUACUGGAGAGAGACCCUACAAAUGUGAAGAAUGUGGCAAAGCCUUUAAUUAUAGGUCAUACCUCACUACACAUCAGAGAAGUCAUACUGGAGAGAGACCUUAUAAAUGUGAAGAAUGUGGCAAAGCCUUUAACUCUAGGUCAUACCUCACUGCACAUCAGAGAAGUCAUACUAGAGAAAAACUUUAAAAAUGUAAAACAUGGAGCAGAUUUUUUACUUGUUACCUAUGUCUUAUUGUGCAUCAGAUAAUAUAUAUGGGAGUGAAACCCUACAAGGGUUAAGAACGUGCAUAACCUUUAACCAUUUUUCAAGCCUUAGACAACAGCAGAGAAUAUAAACUGGAAAAAGGCCACACAGAUAUUAAAAAUGUGGCAAAUUAAACUGUGCUUAACCCUUACUCAAGGUAAUCCAUACCAGAGAAACAGUAUAGAUAUAAAAAUGUGAAAAGUUUUACUCAAAAUAUCAAAUAAUGAGUCACCUAGGGAUUCAUAGAAACAGUUUGCAGAUGUGAUAAAUGUGAGGAAGUAUUUAAUAAAAAAUGAACUCUAAAUAUGUCAGAAUUAACUCAAGAAAGGACUGAAGCACAGACACUUUCAGCCUUUACGCUAAAUAAGAGUAUUUUUUUAUACAGAAUAAAGGCAAAAUAAUUAGAUAAUUUAUUUGCUUAUAUGUUUUAAAGUAGCAAGAACAUUGAUAUUUUGACAGGUACAUUUCGUGGAUGCUUCAUUUGUAUUUACAGUAUUCAAGGUUUUUGGACAACAAAUAUUAUUUAUAUAAUUCAGCUCAAAUCCAUUGCUGCUUUUCCUUAAUCCAUGGUGUUCAUGUGAAAAUAUGUGUUGUUUUUUUUUUCUGCAUCAGAACAAUGUGAGAUCCUUCUACAGUAGGUGAACAUCAUUAUUCACAUUUUUCAUGGAAGUUUAAUGCCAAAUGUAAAACACAUGAAGAGAAUGUUUAAAAAUAUGCUCUUUGUGUUUGAAUAAAGUGGUAAUGGAUGUAAACAUA